GUUAAUCCCAUCAGCCGAGAUGAACUUCUAGUCUUGCUUUGAAAAAAGCCAUUUUAUCUAACUCUUGACUGUGAAUAAAUUUCUGAUACACCUGUUGGAAUCACCACUGGACAAGUGUGCUGUUUGAGAGGCCCUUUACCUGGUCAAACACUGGAGAGUAGGAAGAGAGGUCUUUUUGUUUUUUUUUGUUGGUUUUUUUCCCCCCGUGAUCAUUAUGAGCAUUGGCUUUUCACCUUGAAGUAAAAAUGUUGAAAGCUGAGUCUUCAGGUGAACGAACCACUCUCAGAAGUGCCUCACCUCACAGGAAUGCGUACAGAACAGAGUUCCAGGCACUGAAAAGUACUUUUGACAAACCCAAGCCAGAUGGGGAACAGAAAACGAAGGAAGGUGAGGGCUCGCAGCAGAGCAGAGGUAGGAAGUAUGGCUCCAAUGUCAACAGAAUUAAAAACCUAUUUAUGCAGAUGGGUAUGGAGCCUAAUGAGAAUGCUGCUAUCAUUGCCAAAACGAGGGGGAAAGGUAGGCCCUCAUCCCCUCAGAGAAGAAUGAAGCCCAAAGAGUUUGUGGAGAAAACGGAUGGCUCAGUGGUUAAAUUGGAGUCCUCUGUCUCUGAACGAAUUAGUAGAUUUGACACAAUGCAUGAUGGCCCUUCGUAUGCUAAGUUCACAGAGACUCGAAAGAUGUUUGAGAGAAGUGUGCAUGAGUCAGGGCAAAAUAAUCGCUAUUCCCCAAAGAAAGAGAAAGGUGGAGGGGUUGAGCAGCAGGAUGAGUGGGGCGGCUCCAAGUCCAAUAGAGGCAGCAGUGAUUCCUUGGACAGCCUGAGCCCCCGGACGGAAGCUGUCUCUCCCACGGUGAGUCAACUGAGUGCAGUGUUUGAGAGCAGUGAGUCUCCAGGUGCCAUCACUUCUGGGAAGGCUGAGAACAGUGACUACUCAGUGACUGGGCAUUACCCCCUGAAUUUACCAUCUGUUACCGUAACCAAUCUGGAUACCUUUGGCCGUCUCAAGGAUCCUAAUUUGAGGCCUUCUUCAAACAAACAAGAUACGGAUACUGAGGAUCCUCAGAAGGGUAAUGCUGUGCCAGUACCGGAAGUGGCUCAGAAAGGUACCUCUUCAGCUUCAUUGCCUAGUGGAGAGAGACAGCUGAGCACAGAAGCUGAGGACGUCAUAGCUCAACCAGAGACUCUGGACAGCACUGAUAAAGACAGUCCCGAAGAACCCUCUGCUGAAAGCCAGGCAAUGCCAAAGUCUAAUAUCCUUUCACCACAGAACGAGCCGUUAGAAGAUGCUGAAGCUAACGUGGCUGGGAGUCAGACAGCUCAGCAACAGAAGAAAGAUCUGACAGGUGGUGACCUAACCUCCCCCGAUGCUUCUGCAUCCAGCUGUGGGAAAGAAGUACCUGAAGACGCAAACAGUCUUGAGAGUUCCCAUGUAUACAUGCAUAGUGACUAUAACGUGUAUAGGGUGAGAUCCAGGUAUAACUCGGACUGGGGGGAGACAGGCACAGAGCAAGAUGAGGAGGAAGACAGUGACGAGAACAAUUACUAUCAGCCCGAUAUGGAGUACUCGGAGAUAGUUGGCUUGCCGGAAGAAGAAGAAAUCCCAGCAAAUAGGAAAAUUAAGUUUAGUUGUGCUCCGAUUAAGGUUUUCAACACAUACUCCAAUGAAGACUAUGACAGGAGGAACGAUGACGUUGACCCUGUGGCUGCAUCCGCUGAGUAUGAGCUUGAAAAGCGAGUAGAAAAGCUGGAACUUUUCCCCGUGGAGCUGGAGAAAGACGAGGAUGGGCUUGGCAUAAGCAUUAUUGGCAUGGGCGUUGGUGCUGAUGCUGGACUGGAGAAGCUGGGGAUAUUUGUCAAGACAGUGACUGAAGGAGGUGCUGCCCAGCGGGAUGGCAGGAUCCAAGUCAAUGACCAGAUUGUGGAAGUGGAUGGAAUCAGCCUGGUGGGGGUCACACAGAACUUUGCUGCAACUGUUCUGCGGAAUACCAAGGGCAGCGUCAGAUUCGUUAUUGGAAGAGAAAAACCAGGACAAGUGAGUGAGGUUGCCCAAUUGAUCAGCCAGACCCUGGAACAGGAGAGGCGGCAGAGAGAGCUGCUGGAGAGGCACUAUGCCCAGUAUGAUGCUGAUGACGAUGAGACUGGAGAAUAUGCCACUGAUGAAGAAGAGGAUGAGGUUGGGCCCAUCCUUCCUGGUGGUGACAUGGCCAUUGAAGUCUUUGAGCUCCCAGAGAACGAGGACAUGUUUUCCCCAUCUGACUUGGACACAACCAAGCUCAGUCACAAGUUCAAAGAGUUGCAAAUCAAACAUGCAGUUACAGAAGCAGAGAUUCAAAAAUUGAAGACCAAGCUGCAAGCGGCAGAAAAUGAGAAAGUAAGGUGGGAACUAGAAAAGAACCAACUGCAGCAGAAUAUAGAGGAGAAUAAAGAAAGGAUGCUAAAGUUGGAGAGCUACUGGAUCGAGGCUCAGACAUUAUGUCACACCGUGAACGAGCAUCUGAAGGAGACCCAAAGCCAGUAUCAGGCCUUGGAGAAGAAGUACAACAAAGCCAAGAAGUUGAUCAAGGAUUUUCAACAAAAAGAGCUUGAUUUCAUCAAGAGACAGGAAGUAGAAAGAAAGAAGCUGGAGGAGGUGGAAAAAGCUCACCUGGUUGAAGUCCAAGGCCUGCAAGUUCGGAUUCGAGAUUUGGAGGCUGAGGUGUUCAGACUACUAAAGCAAAAUGGGACCCAGGUUAACAACAACAACAACAUCUUUGAGAGAAGACCAUCUCCCGGGGAAGUCUCAAAAGGAGACACUAUGGAGAAUGUGGAAGUCAAGCAAACAUCCAGUCAGGAUGGCUUAAGCCAAGACUUGAAUGAAGCAGUCCCAGAGACAGAGCGCCUGGAUUCAAAAGCAUUGAAAACUCGGGCCCAGCUCUCUGUGAAGAACAGGCGCCAGAGGCCCACAAGGACACGGCUUUAUGACAGUGUCAGCUCAACUGAUGGGGAGGACAGCCUGGAGCGGAAGAAUUUCACCUUCAAUGAUGACUUCAGUCCAAGCAGUACCAGUUCAGCAGACCUGAGCGGCUUAGGAGCAGAACCCAAAACUCCAGGGCUCUCCCAGUCCUUGGCACUGUCCUCGGAUGAGAGCCUGGAUAUGAUAGAUGACGAGAUCCUUGAUGAUGGACAGUCUCCCAAACAUACUCCGAGUCAGAAUCGGGCCGUUCAUGAAUGGAGUGUGCAGCAGGUUUCACACUGGUUGAUGAGCCUCAAUCUGGACCAGUAUGUGUCUGAAUUCAGUGCCCAGAACAUCAGUGGAGAGCAGCUCCUGCAGCUGGAUGGAAAUAAACUGAAGGCUCUUGGAAUGACAUCAUCCCAGGACCGGGCACUCGUUAAAAAAAAACUGAAGGAAAUGAAGAUGUCUCUGGAGAAGGCUCGAAAGGCCCAGGAGAAAAUGGAAAAACAAAGAGAAAAGCUGAGGAGGAAGGAAAUGCAGAGGAAGUCUAAAAAGUCGGAGAAGAUGACUUCCACAACCGAGCAACCGUGAGCAGUUAAGGCCUCACCUCCUCCAGUAGGUGGGGAAGCUUGAGAGAAGUCCCUCCCCUUCCUACCCCACUCUCCUGCAGAGGAUGAGGAAGAAACUGAUGGAGAUAACAUCACUGUAGGCGGUUAAGGAACUGUGUUGAAUGCACUCUUGAUUUUAUCCUAAAAUAACCCCUCACCACCACCUUUGGUUUAUUGACAAACCACAAGUAUCAUUUUUAUCUUCUACUUACCAACAUCCCAUGUUGUGAUAAGUGUGUGGUGCCACUUGGAGGACCAGCCUGGCCCAGCAAAUGAGAGCAGGACUCCUUCUGGUGCUGUGAGUGGAGUACCCAGAAUUC